AUGUAUUCCUGGUCUCUAUUCAGGGAAUCAAUCCAAUGCUUCCAGCAUCAAGCCCGCCUCACAACAUACAGCGGGUCUGUCCAUGCGCUCGCAGUAUCUAAUGAUGGCCAAGCUUUUGCAUGUGGGGGCACUGAGGGCAUCAAAGUCUGGGACAUCAAAUCUCGGAAAGAACUCACAUGCUCAACUCAUAAUGAGUCCCGAGGAACAGUCAGCUGUGCUGUCUGGAUUACCACAAGACUGGCCAUGACGGAAACCCUUUGCUAUGGAACAGAGCUGGGUUACAUUGUGUUUUUGCAAUGUAGCCCGGUAGAUGUAAGGAUGUCCUGGUUCAUCAUUGAGUUCUCGCCUAAUAUCAACCAGAUGCUUUUUCAGGAAACUUGCACCAGGAGGCUUGGAUUGGGCUUCGAAAUUACAUCAUUUGCAGACGACAAAGGCGUCUAUGUGUUUGGACUAUAUGAUGGCAACUUCAUCAAGCUGAAGGGGGAUGACAGCGCAGUAGUGAAAGAAUAUAGCUGCCAAUCGGUGAUCGGACAUGCAGCAGUCAACCAGAAGAGGGUCCCAAAGCAGGUGGCAUUUGGUGCCGAAGGGAGGUUGGUGGUAGGUGGAAGUGACAAUGGUUUGGUGUAUAUAUUCGAGAGGAAGUCGGAGAAGUUACUGGAGACCCUUCAUCACUCCAAUGCUGGCCUGGUGCAGACGAUAGCUGUAGUCAUCAGUGCAUCACAAGCACUAGGGCGGGGCAAGGCUAUAGUCAAUUUAUGGGUCUAUGACUAUGGCAUGAAAAAGGAAAACCCCCACCUCCAAAAAAACCUGGUCUCUGUUGCAUUGCUUGAAUGUCACACAAAUGCGGCAAUUUUUGGUGAAUUCUUUGCACUGGGCCUGGACAUGAUGGUGUUGUCAGCAGACCUUGCCCAGCGCAUGAGACAUACACAGGCGUUCUUCGCUAAUGAUCUUCAGGAAAGUGUGCACGAAGCAGUAUUCGACAAAGUACUGCAUGCACAAGAAGAAGUCAUUCAAGAGGCAGGGGGAGAUGUGGGUGAAGAUGUACAUCAAGAAAGCACCAUUGGUGAAAAAGACGAUAUCGCUGCUGAAGCCGAAAGGGUAUUUUAUGAGACGCUGAGGGUAAUUAUACUUUCUGGACAGUUCCGAAAUAGUGGUAAUCUUUAA